GUUGCUGGCACUCCACCACUGGAACGCGCGUUCCAUUCCUUCGAUCUUAUCGGUCGGGCAACGCAGGUUUCUGGGAGAGGAUAUUAGGCAAGUGGGUCUUCUGCUUUGCGGGCUCUAGCCAGACCAGCAUCAGCGACCUUUACAUCCUCGACGCGCCGAACAUGAGAUGGGCACGGCCACUGUACGAGGGCCAGGUGAAUGCCAGAGCACAUGCCUCCUCCGUCCUCCAUGACAAACUGAUCGUGUUUGGCGGUGUGCGAGACAAGAUCACGCAAACCUCCAAGAACGGCCCGCCGGAUGUCGAGCACGGUGCCCAGCACGACCGGCUUCAUUCCGAAGUCAAGAAGUCGGGUGGAUCUUUAAAUGCAUCCGAGAACAUUCGGGGUGGAAGGACCUAUCUGAGCACAGAUGAACUCAGAAGCGACUUAGCAUUGGUCGGCUUUCUCGUCCUUGCGCAUUUCGGCUUCUGUGUCUAUGUGCUUGCCACGGUGCAGUCCGACAAGAGCAUGCUGAUUGGACAUGUCGAGGUGUCGAACACGCUUCAGUGUGCCUUCGGGGCAUUUUGCUUGAUCGGCCUUCCUGUUACCAUCCACGCGGGCGUUGGAACUGUGUUCAGAGCGCCAGGCCACCUCUACUCCUACAUCUGGUAUCAGUUCCUGACCCUCUUGUCAGUCGGGGGCUUCUUGCUCUCCCUUGCCGUCAGCCAGCGCAGCUGCUUCACGCGGGAAGCUCGUGGUGAGGGUCUGGCCACCAUGGUGUGUGGCCUACCAAACAUUACCAGCAUGGUCUUCCUAGCGAUCUUCUCGCUUUCCAUGAGCGUGGCCAUGUACUUGGUUUGGUCCCUCGGUGAGGUCUACAAGGGGCGGUUGGCGACCGACCUCUUCCGAUACCAGGAGCCUUUGCAGCUGAAGGCACAAUUGGGCGAGGAGGCGGCAGCGCAAGCCGCCCAGAACGCUCAAGCCGCCGCUGCCGCAGCACAUCGCAUGGGUGUACCUGGUGCGCUUUGGAGCCCUGGCGCUCUGUGA